AUAAAAAUUAGAGAAAGAGAAAGUGAGGGCGUUGAUCGUGGAAGAAUAAUAAAACGGAGAUGGGUGGCAGAAGGUUGAAAAACAGAGAAACCAUGGGCGUUGAAUCGGUGGCGCCGUCGCCACCACCUCCGAGAUCGGAAGGAAAAACCGCUUUGCUCCAAAACCCCAAGAUACCCUUCUCACUGGCUCUUCUCUUCGCUGACGCCCUCCUCGUCACACUCAUAAUCGCGUUUGUACCUUAUACGAAGAUAGAUUGGGACGCUUACAUGUCACAGGUUAGCGGAUUUCUCGAAGGGGAGAGAGACUUCCGCAACCUCAAAGGCGACACUGGUCCUCUCGUCUACCCUGCUGGCUUUCUCUACAUUUACUCUGCAUUUCAGUAUCUUACCCAAGGACAAGUUUACCCUGCUCAGAUUCUGUUUGGUGUAUUGUACAUCAUUAACUUAGCAAUCGUUCUCGCCAUCUAUGUCAAAACUGAUGUGGUUCCUUGGUGGGCCCUUUGCUUGCUUUCUCUAUCCAAGAGAGUUCAUUCCAUCUUCGUGCUUCGUCUGUUUAAUGACUGUGUGGCCAUGACACUUCUUCAUGCUGCAUUACUCUUACUUGUGCACCGAAGGUGGAAUCUUGGGUUGAUUGUGUUUAGUGGAGCUGUUUCUGUAAAGAUGAACGUGCUUCUUUAUGCUCCACCUUUACUGGUCCUCAUGCUGAAGGCUAUGGAUUUCAGUGGCGUGUUAUUGGCAUUAGCUUGGGCAGCAGCUGUUCAGAUAUUACUGGGGCUUCCUUUCCUGGUUUCAUAUCCAGUUGCGUACAUAUCGAGCGCCUUCAAUCUUGGUCGUGUCUUCAUCCAUUUCUGGUCUGUUAACUUCAAAUUCAUCCCUGAGCCAGUAUUUGUGUCCAAGGGAUUUGCGGUCUUUUUGUUGGCUGCUCACCUCAUAUUACUUGCUUCAUUUGCGCAUUAUAGUUGGUGCAAACAUGAAGGGGGACUUUGCAACUUUCUGCAUUCCAGAUAUGUCUUUAUGAGAAUGAGGUUUGCGGUUUUCUUCUCUUCCUCUUUUUCUAAGAAGGUUGGCAAGAGCGGUUCAUCAUCCCUCCAGAUCCUUAAUAAAGAACAUAUUGUGACAACUAUGUUUGUUGGGAACUUCAUUGGCAUUGUAUGUGCUCGGUCAUUGCAUUAUCAGUUCUAUUCUUGGUACUUCUAUAGUUUACCUUACUUGUUGUGGAGAACGCAUUACCCAACGUUGUUGCGUUUGAUUUUGUUCGUGGGAGUGGAGCUGUGCUGGAAUAUCUAUCCUUCGAAUAGUCUUUCUUCAGCAUUACUUCUGUGUCUUCACUUAAUUAUUCUCUGGAGUUUGUGGUCUGCUCCACCUGAGUACCCUUAUGAACAGUAUAAGCCAUCCUCUGGGAAAAACAAAUAGAAGUUCAAAGGUUCCUCUCCGUCUAUUUUUGUGGUGGAUAAAGGAUGAAUUGGACAAAAUGAUUCUCCCUUAUCACUGCUUCCCCUUUGAUGUAGAUGUUUGUGAUGAUGUAUCUUGGAGCAGCCCAAGGACUACUAACUUGAGGAUGUAAAACAGAGUAUAGGAGCCAGAAUUCCCUAUUAGAUAUGCCCAUGUUUUUAUGAAUUUUAUUUGUCCAAUUCCUUUGCUCACUACCGAACCAAAGUUUUGUACUUGCAAGUGAUAGUGUAUCUAAAAUGGAAUUAUUGUCCUUUAAUAGCUUAAA